AAACUCACCUUGGCCAGACAAUUUCCCACGUGAAAACCACAAAAGAAAACAAUCCAAGUAACUUCCAAUGCUCUGUCCUUGUUCAAGUCAAAAAACAACAUUAAGAAGAAAACACAAUGGACAAUUGAAGAACGCCCUAUAACUUUUUGCUAAAGUAGACAAAAUGUGGUUGUUAUUCUAUUUCCCAGCACCUUCUAACCACUUUGGCCUAAGCCCUUGGGUCUCUUUGACUCUUUAGUCUAAAGUUCUACUCCGUAGAUAAUCAAACACCAACCACAAUAUUUUGUCAACUCCAUUGAAAAUCACUACUUCUAAAUUCUUCAAGAGGAGCAAAAUCGAUCUGAUGAGCGAAAAAAGGGGAUAUUACAACGACGACAACAACAAAAUUUAUCCGGCCAAUACCUAAAUCAAUCAGACACAACAGUUUUGGAAGCAAUGGUAGUAGAAUUAGCACAAGAUGAGUUGAAAAACUUAGGAAAGGUAUGGUUAUCAAUAUUUGUGUCAUUGAGUUACUGUUAUGUUAUAGGCAAGAUUACUCCAAAGGGUUUCACAAGAUUAGUGCCAAUACUUCCAGUUAUCUCACUCUUCCUAAUUUUGCCACUAAAUCUCACUUCUAUUCAUUUUUGUGGCUUUACUGCAUUCUUCAUUGCUUGGCUUGCUAAUUUCAAACUCUUGCUUUUUGCAUUUGGUAAACCUCCUCUUUCUUUUGAUCAUCCCAUUUCAUAUCCUCUUUUCAUAGUUGUUUCUUGCUUACCCAUCAAAAUCCAACCUCCCAAAAACACUCCAAAUUCACAAAUUAAUCAAAACCCAGAUCAAAAAUCACAAAACAAUUCAUACCCAUCUCCUCAAAAAUUCAAAAAUUCACAAAACCCAGAUCAGAAAUCACCAAAUAAUUCAUACCCAUCUCCUAAAAAAUCCCAGAUUUCACAAAAGGAACAAAACCCAGAUCAAAGAUCACAAAAUAAAUCAUACCCAUCUCCUCAAAAAUCCCAAAUUUCACCUCGGAAUUACCUUAUAAAAUUUGUUCUUUUAGCUUUAAUGAUCAAAAUUUAUGAUUAUAGGGAUCAAAUUGUUCAAAUUCAUCCAAAAAUUCUAUGGCUAAUUUAUUUUUUCCACAUUUAUUUUGCACUAGAAAUAAUCCUAGCAAUUCUUGCGAAAUCAGCAAAAAUUUUCCUAGGCUUAGAAUUAGAACCCCAAUUCAAUGAACCCCUUUUAUCAACAUCUCUCCAAGAUUUCUGGGGAAAAAGAUGGAAUCUCAUGGUAACCAGCAUUCUCAGGCCUACGGUGUACCUCCCCACAUUGAAAAUUUCCUCCAGAGUCAUCGGCCGUGAGGCGGCCCCGCUUCCGGCGGUGAUGGCAACGUUCAUUGUGUCGGCGCUAAUGCAUGAGCUCAUCUUCUACUAUCUUGGACGCGUGGGUCCCACUUUUGAGGCGACGUGGUUCUUUCUACUUCAUGGAUUCUGCCUUUGCGUUGAGAUCACUGUUAAAAAGUAUGGAAGACAGAGAAAAUGGCGGGUUCCCCCACGGUGGUUUUCCGGUGUUGCAACGGCGGUGUUUGUGGUGGGAACAGGGUUUUGGCUGUUCUUGCCGCCAUUGUUGAAGGCUGGGUUGGAUACAAGGGGGCUUGGGGAGUACGCAGUUAUCGGCGCGUAUGUUAAACGAGUGCUGUUUUAGAUCUUUAUUCGCGGCACAUUUGUUUGGACUUCAGAGAUUAUUUUUUUUUUGACGGAAAAAAAAAAGAAUUGUAAAUUUUUUUAAAUUAUGAGGGUUUGUACAAUUUUCAUUUGGUUUUAAAUUUAUAAAAUAAUGUAAAGACUUUCCCUCUAUAGUCCAAUUCUCCAAUUAAUUUAACUGAUUAUUCUUGGUG